CAUCAAGGUGGAGGAAAAUUUUUCGCGAUUUCAAAUCCGUUUCCGUCGUCGUUGUCGUCGCGAAAGUUAGCAUUAAUUCGCUUUCGUCCAAUUAAUUUCGGCGCGAGUUCCGAUGCCAGUUGCGAGUGUCGUGCGUGCGGCGGAUUAGAAGCACCGGAACGAGGACGAGUCAAUGUCGCUCAAGCAACAGCAGCAGCACCAACCCCUGCUGAACCCGGAAGUGGGCGGCGUCGGCAGUGCGUGUGCAAUGGAAAAAUUGCUGGAAGCCCAGCAGCAGCAGUUGGAUGACAUAACGAGCGAAUCGUCCUUCCUGGAGUUUCUCCGGAACGAGCAGAGCUGUCUGACGGGUGUCACGAAUGGGAACGGUUCCGGCGGGUGUGCGGAGGAGGUGGAUGUGGAUAGGAUUUUCGAGCAGGUUAGCCAGUUGGCUGGGAGCGGAGAGGAUGGGAAAAGUGUUGAAGAAAUUCUGAGGGAAGCGGAACAGCUGAUCCGGAAGCAGCAUCCGCUGUUCGGGGGAAACGGUGCCCAUGAAGACGACGAUGGCGGUGCAUGUGACGGGAUAAGGCAAGUGCAACGGGCCAUGUGUGGGUAUAGGGACAUUUCCUGCGAAUCGACGCCGAUGGAGAUGCGGACCGGAGUGCUGGAGGAGCUGGAGGCAAUCGCUCGGAGGGAGGAGGAAAGCAAGGCCUUCGCCAUGCAAAUCUUCCACCACGAGGAACACGAACCUCCAGCAAAGGACUUGAUCCGGCGUAAAAGCUUCACCAUCAGCACGGCCGGCGAAGAACCGGACAGUCAGUGCGGCCAGCGUCCGUAUUCCGAUCAGACCUACACUGUUCCGACCCCAACGCAGACAACCAGUACAGAAAUGCGCACCAAAAAGAGCACCACCGGCAAGACAUCGUCGAGCGGUGCUUCCUCGACUCCGGCUAAAUCCUCAACACCGAAGAAACGGAACAGCAUCAGCAGGGCUUCAUCCGCAACGCCAACACACUCGCAGUUUCCCCGCCGUUCCAUCGAAGCGGACAAAGAGAACCAACUGCUGUUGAGUCAAUCGCGGAUUAGAGAUUUGGAGGAAAUCUACAAUCUGACGUUGAACGAGGGAUCCCGGGAGAAGAAGAGUCCCUCUCCGGCAUCGACGUUGGUCCGGGAGAAGACAUUCUGCGACAAGUCGACGGCUCCAUCGCCGACGCGAACCGCUCCGGAUUCGCUCGUCAGCUGGGCCAAGGAACGGGAACUGGAAGGAAGCAUAACCGAGCUGGAGGAGAAGCUCAAGGAUACCGAGGAGCGGUACGAGAGCUUGAAGAUUCAGUACGAUACGCUGUCGCACGUGCAUCGGGCGCUGAGAGAGAACCACGGUGCCAUCCAGGAGGAAAGUGACAAGCUGAAGCUGGAUGUUCAGCAUCUGACCGAGUGUGCCAACGUUUUGAGAUCUGAGCUGCAGUCGGCUCGAAGUGACCGCGAUGCGGCACUGGAACUGCAGAAGAUUCUGCAGUCCGAGCUGGAGGAGUCCCGCCGAGAGAAGAAACGCUACCAGGAGCUUAACGAGAAGGACACCAAAACCAUUCAGGACCUGCAGCGGCAGUGUCGUGAGAUGGAACGGAUACUGAUGAGAAAACAUCCGGACUCGGUGUCGGCUUUGAUCGUUGCCAGUAAAAACACCAACAGCAAACCAACGGAGGAAAGCUCGCAGACACGCCGUCUACUAGAGCAGCGCAUUGCCCAGCUGGAAGCGGACGCCAAGGAGCAGGACGCCAAGGCGCAAAGUAUCUUGGCCAACGUGCAGGCUCGCUUCAACUCAGUGCAGUCCAAGUACGAGACUCACAUUGCCGAUCUGGAGAUGCAGGUGCUUAGUUUGCAGGAUAUCAACGGCAAGCUGAACGAAAAAAUUAUCCGGCAAAUUGACGAACUGUCGAGCAUCACCAGCCAUGCGGCGGCUUCGUUUUCGAAGGUUAACGCAACCGCCAACGCUACCAGCAGCAGCUUUACGCAAACCGAAGAAUUUCCCGACAAGGAGUGUAUUAAAACUAGGUCCAUUUCAGUGCAGACCGAUAGCAGGCUGACCGGAACGGGUGCGGGACGGAACCAAUCGGCCGGUCCAAAGCGAGCGUCGUCGGCCAGUGCCAGUGGAAAGAUUCCCAAUUCGUUGUCCGAUUCGCAGAUUCAGAGCCGGGAGGAUGCCCACCUGUUGGCGACCAUUCGGGGAAUGCGUGUGGACUUGGCCAUCAAGGAGAAAGCCGUUCAGCGAUUGACCCGGGAGGUAGAAGACUGCAAAAAGACGAUCAAGAAGCUACAGAAGGAACGGGAUACCUCCCUGAAACCGGAGGGCCGGUCCGGUACUUCGUCUUCGGCUUCAUCCACGGGAAAAGGUAAGACGUACGAUCCUGCUCAUUAUGCCGACGGUUUGGCAUCCGACGCCAGUGCUUUGAAGGAUGCACACUUGAAGAUCAAACUGUUGGAGGCGGACUACAAGACGUUGCAUGACAAGAGACUUCAGGAUCUGAAAACCCUGCAGGCAGCCCACGAACGGGAGCUGGUCGCAUGCCACGAAACGGUCCGAAUCCUGCAGCAGCGUUUGGCAGAACGCGAGGAACAUCUGCACACCAAGGAGAAGCGACGACCCAACCACAAUAUCGACUACUUCGCCCUGAAGGCAAAGGUGACUUCGCUGGAACGGCGCCACAGCGAACGGGAACAACGCCUACACAUGCUGGUCGAAGCCCUCAGCAAGGGAGGUAAGUUGAAUGGCGUUCACAUUCGUGCUUUGGCUACGGCGGCAGCGGCCACCAGUGGCAACCCGAGCGCGAUUGGCGACGAGGAAAACCAUAACCUAGUGAAUCCGCAACCGCAGUCGCACCAGCAGCAGAAUGCCACCGUGGGAGGGAACUAGGUACGUGUGGGGGUUCCUAAGACUGUCAAACACGACACACCCUUCUAGAUCUCAAGAAACCAAAUUUUAGAUUGUUCUUCUUAACCCCCGUAGCAUUGUAGUGGAUUAUUACAUUCAAUUGAAUCCUACUACUAGUAGUGUUUUAUAGAGAUUAAAUGGUUCAAUUUAAAAGGUUACUCUGAACUAAAUACGAAUAGUCCCAACUACACACUAUUUAAUAAGAGUCAAUUUUAGGAUAAUUUUCAACCCUCACCGUUAGCUAUAGUGAUUUUGUUGUUGUUCGUUUAACUUUGUUCGUACUCAUUCCAAAUCAUUUCCAAAGAUAAGUUUCGGUAAACGGUGAUUUUCGAAAGACUGCCUCGGAAAACGGAAACCGUCGGUGAACAGAACAGAACGAGGGAAUCAAAUUCCCAGGAAGUCCAAUUCAAUCUAUACUUUCAACAGAACUAAGUGUAACAACUCUCGGAUAAAAGGUAAGGUAGUAAGAUAACAGAGAAAUAGCGUCCAGUGACGGGUGCCUGCAUAAGGACCCUUCUUAGAAGACUAUUAGUAGGUGUUUGUAGUGCCUCUUUCGAGGGAAAGCAGUGCUGGGAGGCGUUGGUUGGUGUUUUUAAGAAAAGUCCAUUCAGUCCUUAGUUUCUAAGAUUAGUUGUUAGGAUUUAGCAUUUAUGAAGUAGAUAACUAGUCGCCGUUAAGUCGGUUUAAGAAACGAUACUCAAUUGCAGCCGUUCCGUUUUAGAUUCAUUAGCAUUCUCUUCACAGCAAUGUGUCUACAUCUUAUAUGAGCGAAUGAUUGACAAUAGUUUCAAGACUUUAGAUAAUUGAUUUAGUUUGCAGCAG